CGACUUGGUAUUGAGUACAACAACUACAAAUUGCUGAGAAGAUACAACAUACAAUUUAAUUGCUGAGGGAAACCUAUUAAGUAAAAAAGAAUAUCAAAGAGACUUCAACCACUUGUAAAGACAUACUAUUAAAGGACAAAGUAAAGACUAAUAAGGUGAUAUAUAUAAAGGUAUUUCAAAAACGGCAAGCACUCCCUAUACUAGGGAUAUCUUCAGUAGGGAGUAUCUUUUAUGAUUAUUAAACUCAUUAAUAAUUCAUGAGAAAUACACGGACGAAAUUAGCUUGGGAGAGCCUGUUUGGAAAAGUUGUAACAAAUUCUCACAAACUAUGCCAGCUUUGCCUUUGGCUUUGCCCUUUGGGGACGAAAUCUUAAACCACGGGAGUUGCCGUGAGAGUUGGCAGCCACGCAUUGUUACAGGCGGGAUAUUUCAAGCUCUAGAUUAACAAAAUAAAGGUUUGAAGAGUGUCCCAACUAUGUUUUAACUUCAACAGAAUACAUGAUACCAUGAAUUGGGAAAGAUUUUAACUACCUGGUUUUCAUACAGUCGUAAGAGUCGUAAAAAUACAUAGAGUCACGAUCUUUCUCAACAACGGUCAGUUUAUAAUAGUUUAUACCUGUAAACCACAUAUAAAUCAUAAUAUCAUAAUAAUCAUUCCGCGUAUUUUCAGUUCUAAAAUGUUGUAUUUCGGCUGUUGAGAAGUAUCGUGACUCAAUCUUUACGACCGUUUUAAGAACAGCUAACCAAGGGUCGCGUGACUGUCAAGUAGUGCCAACUCCCAUGCAUGCUCUCAUCCUCGUUUCAUCCACUGGUUUUAAUAAUUAAAUUUGUUUGAUGAUUUAUACGCUCGUAUGAUUUUCAAACUCUCUCAAGUUUUUUAAAAAAAGCUCGGCUCAUAGUAUAUCGCCUCGGUUAUACUGGUGUGUAUGUAUAUAUAUAUAUAUAUAUAUAUAUAUAUAUAUAUAUAUAUAUAUAUAUAUAUAUAUAUAUAUAUAUAUAUAUAUAUAUAUAUAUAUAUAUAUUUUUAUAUAUAUAUAUAUAUAUAUAUAUAUAUAUAUAUAUAUAUAUAUAUAUAUAUAUAUUAUAUAUAUAUAUAUAUAUAUAUAUAUAUAUAUAUAUAUAGUAUAUAUAUAUAUAUAUAUAUAUAUAUAUAUAUAUAGUAUAUAUAGUAUAUAUAUAUAUAUAUAUAUAUAUAUAUAUAUAUAUAUAUAUAUAUAUAUAUAUAUAUAUAUAUAUAUAUAUAUAUAUAUAUAUAUAUAUAUAUAUAUAUAUAUAUAUAUAUAUAUAUAUAUAUAUAUAUAUAGGGUGUCCCAAAAAAACCCGAAAGUUAUUGAAAUCACCAAUAACAAUUUAAUUGUUAGAAUUUGAAUGCCUUAGCGCUCUGUUGGUUCCCACGAGUGCAUAAAUGAUUGACAUAAGUAAAUUUUAUGCAUAAAGAAACUGUUUAAGAAGCUGUUUUUAAUUCCCAGGAGCAGAAAAUCGCGCACUUUAACAGGAGAUGUUCCUAACUAAAUUCUAAUACAUGCACCUUGUCAAUAUUUUACGCAUCAUUACGUCCAGCUGUUUGGUAGGGCAUUCAAAUUUAACAAUAAGUGAUUUCAAUUUCGUUUUUUUUGGGACACCCUAUAUAUAUAUAUAUAUAUAUAUAUAUAUAUAUAUAUAUAUAUAUAUAUAUAUAUAUAUAUAUAUAUAUAUAUAUAUAUAUAUAUAUAUAUAUAUAUAUAUAUAUAUAUAUAUAUAAUAUAUAUAUAUAUAUAGUUAUAUAUCGAUAUAGUCUUAGUCAUGUCAAGUCAUGAAAUGGAUAAUUUGCCAGGGUUUUUGAAAGUGUCUUUUAAAACUAGGAAAUUUAGUUCAUAUAUAAAUAACUGACUUGACAUCCGUUUGGCAAAACGAGCAUGGGGAUUCUACAUACAAUUAGUAAAACCAGGGAUAUUAUAUGUGUAUUUGGAAUUGCGUUUUACCCCUGGGAAAUUUGGUAGCUACAUACUUUUAACUUUGCGCAUGCAUAUUAAAUGACACAUUUCAAAUUUCAACUGUAGCAGGCAAACGCGUGGCCGUGGGAAAUGGCCCCAUAUAUAAGCCAAGCCAUAUAGAUGCAUGAUAUUUAUGCUAUUCUGGAAAGCUCUUUCGAGUUUCGACCUAGGGAAUUUAUUUCCACUUUGCAUGCAUUUCAAAAUCAUAUUUAAAAUUAUAUAACCGCGUAAGGCACUACCAUGUAUAGACAAUGAAUGCAAAUGUUAGGUGGGCAUUUACGAGUACUAUAUAUAAUGUCUAAUGACUCUAAGUGUACGUUAUCGCUGAAAAGACCCUUAAAUGUGGAGCUAGUUGAAAGACUAUUUAUGCAGCAAUUAAAAAUAAACGGUCAAAAGUAUUCAGUCAGAAUUCAUAUGAUCCCUUUUUAAUUCAUAGCGGCAAAAGACAACUUUGAUAUAUAGUGUCUUAGAAAUUCAUAGAGUGGUUUACAUAACUAUAUACUUUAAACGAUACUUUACAUGAAAUAGGAGUUUAUUUGCACAUAUAGGUUUCCAUAGAAUUUGGGCGCGGUUCGACGAUUUCUAAAGGGGUUUUGAAGUGCAAUCUUAACUGCUAAUAUAUUCAGUUGGCUUACGCAAAAGGCAAGCAAUACGCUAUCACUAUUAACUUCCGUUCAUACAAAGGGCUUUUUCCGAUAUACGGUUUGACCAAAUUUGUCAAAACCUGACUACAAAGCAACGCGGAGAUCGUGCGCUUCGCUCAUAACUGAGUGGUUCUCCUCUAAGGAGCAUCUCAAAUUUCGGUAAGGCGCAUUGUGAUUUUCGAAACUCUCGAAAGCGAGUGGUUUCGUUGCUAACUUUUUGUAUUGUUCUUUUUUUUAGCUAUAACGUUUAAGAGCGAUCAAAGAAUCAUGCAUUAUUCGAAGAUAAUUCUCCUUCUCUUGUCGAUAUUGCUGAAUUUCCAUGGAGCUCCCGCAAGUCAGGAGAAAGGUAAAUUUAAAGAUAUGUCUUACUCACUGCAUGCAAACAUUUAUAUAGGUAGUUUAGACACAAACUUCGGUAGUUUAUUUAUAUUGAAUUUUAUUUAAAUAGUCAUCUGUUGCAAUUAAUGAUUCGACUGUAUAAUAGCAAAUGGUUUUGCCGACUUGUUAUGUGACGGCGUCCCCAUAUGCCGUAGAAAACGGGCAGAAUGCUGAAGUUUCAACUCAUUAAAAACGACUCGAAAUCCAUGAUCGAUUGCAAGAUCGAAGCAAAAAUUUUACAAAAUUUUUAGGAAAUUUAAAUUUAAAAAACGUGAAUGACUCAUUUAAUUGGCUUUAGAAUGCAUUUCAACGAUAAGUUAUGUGCUGAAUAUUGAAACUUUAAUAUACGAAAUUAAUAUAUGCGAUAAAAUGCGAAAAUUUAAUUCUGAUAUCGCGAGCGUUUGUAACAAAUUAAUGUUGCUAAAUAGUAAAUAAGUGAAAAUGAAGAGCAGCUCGAUUGUCUUUUAUAAAUCCUAUUUUCUCGUUUGUUUUCUCACCCAAAACAAGCACAACAUGGUGCAAAUCAUCGCUUAUGUUUAGUCACAGCCUCAUAGGUUGCUGGCUUAAGCUCAAAAGCGGUGCAAGAGCAGCCGAAAAAAUGCAAACCCCCAACGUUUCGAGAUGAGACUAAUUUUUCCCAGAUUCUCAAUAGAUAUAAUCGAAUUAUCGUCGAAGUAGGGUGCUUCCCUAUGCGUAAAAGGUCAAGAUUUUCCCAGCUUUUUUACAGACGUCGGGAUUUUAACCUGUAAGACACGAAUGUCUUAGGCCGGGAGGCAAUAAGCCAAUAUAAAUUAGGCAUGUAGUAUUUUUUAUGCGACGCCAAGUGACUGUUUCCGUUGCUGUCAAGUAACGUACAAUUUGGAUUAUAAUUUGGGCCUUGGCCACCUCGAAAGAGCUUAUAAACGCCGCUAAACCUUAUCAGUUGAUACAAAAAAUAUCCUGUUCGCUGUUAAAUUAUUAGGAUUAACCGCAUAAACUUAAGCGAAUUACCGGGUAAUUUUUACGACUAAAAUGUAUGGCAUUAUUCCAAGCUCCUUCGCAGUUAUAUAUAAAGGUCUCGUAUUACAUAUAAUUAGUGCUUCAAUGAAUAAGAAUGAGUAGUUUAAAUAUAACUUAAAGUUGGCUUUAUAGCCAGUCGUAAAGAUAAAUUAAGGGCACAUUAUAGACAUAUAUGAUACAGAGAAAAGCGAAGUCACCCUUAAUAUUGUAACGCAAUAAGGCUGAAUUUAAACAUUCACUAACUUAUAAGUGCCAAAAGGAAAAAAUGUACAAAAAAGUUUAAAUGUAACAUAUAGUCUAAGUUAAAUUCUUAGCGACAAAGUAACAGAUGUUACAUAACCCCUCUUUGAAGACUUGGGUUUGGAAAAGAUAACAGGAUCUCUGUUUUGUCUACGCCACAUUCUCUGACGUUUAUUAUGGUCUGCGAUAAACAAUGAGAAAAUUUGGCGGUAUAAUAUAGAUAUUGUGAUGCAACGCCAUCAACAACAAAAACAGUUUACGAUAUAAUUAUAGGUUACGUAUCAUCGCUGAUUGCAAGAGAGUCAGGAAUCCUGACUCGACAGCUGAGGGCUGGAAUUAGAGACAAUUUGAUUUCGUGAUAAGAUUCGACACGCUAGUGAGUUUUUAGUAAAGACUAUACUAACGUCCGUAUUCUAAAAGCUCACUCACACUCAAUGAGUGCAAGUUCAAUCUUAGCUUUUCUUGAGUGUCAUUGCUGUUUUUGAAUAGCUGGAAGGCUAAUGUCAUUAUGUCAUACCUCACUAUGUGACCACUGGCCCUCCAGCUAUUAAAAAACAGCAUUGGCACUCAAGAGAAGCUCAGAUUGAACCUUCACUCAUUGAGUGUAAGUGAGCUUUUAGAAUACGGGCGUAAAGCCUUCGCUCCUUCAGACAAAAUUUAUAUACAAUGCGAAAAUUUUGCAUCAAUUAAGAAUUUCCAGUAAUGGUUUACUGAAGUUGUCUUAAAGUCUACAGCAAAUAAAAUUUUGCCUCUUUGUCAAUCAAUAAUAAUAUGUCUGUGCCCGUGAAGGGCCUUCGCUCGAAGCGUCGAAGUUCUCCUUGUAUUUUUCAGGUAGUUGAAUCCAAAGCUUUCUUAGCGAGUAAAAUCAUCUGGCGUCCGACAGAGUAUUAAAAAUAGUUCGUCGCCAGUUCCCGCAUAUAAUACUUGCAUGCUCACUGUAAAAUUGUCAACCUUAUUGACAGAAAGACUAUAAUAUUUCACAAAGUCCUUAUAUGAUCAGUUCAUAUAGUGUCGGCAAAAUUUACAUGGAAAAUUAUCUGGAGUAACUGGCAUAGACCUUUCUUAUAGCCUAUAAUGACGUCAACUGACGCGGAAACCAAUUUAUGCGAUGCCCCACAGGACAAUUUUUAGCGGUAUAAUUAUAUAGUUAUAUUAUAUUAUAUUAUAUUAUAUUAUAUUAUAUUAUAUUAUAUUAUAUUAUAUUAUAUUAUAUUAUAUUAUAUUAUAUAGCCUUUAGGCUUUGUAAAGGCUGGUUUUUUGUGAUCAUUAUAUACUCUAUGACUAUGAGAAUUUUCAGCAUCGGUAAAUUCUAAGACUAUGUUUUGAAGGAUUUGUAAAAAAUGUUUGAGCAAAGCUGACUUAACAUUGAGUCAGUUAAUUCCCUCAAAUAUUUCUUGCAAAUCCUUCAAAACUUAGAAUUUAGUACUGAUGCAAAAUUCCUACUGUGAUCACAGAAAACCAGGCUUUAGAGGUGUUCAGAUUUUGACACUUAUUAAACCGAAAGUCUUUUUUUAUGCAGCCACUUUAGCCCCUUAAAUCGCUUAGAGUUUGCCACAGGAAGAAACACUCAGUUUCAUUACGGAGCAGACGCUUUUAAUAUUUAUUCGCCAGUGGCAGUGUUACAAUGCACGCAACAUAGAAAACGUCGUUCCCAAAGCUUUUCCACAUCAAAAAUCCCCAUGUAUACGUGGUUCUACUUCCAACAAAAAAAAUAUGGCCUAAUUUCAUUUGGUUAGAAAAUUUUACUGAUGUCAGUGCUCACCAUAAAUGUGAAUACAUUUCUCACGAGUGUCUACGAUUGUACGACGACUUCCGGCGAAGUUUUAACGAGCCGCGAUUGCGGAAUAUCUGUUCUUAAAACUUUCAAAUUCUCUCAAAAAAACCCCACAUCUCAUAAGUGAUUGCGGAAUAUGUUAAAGUGCCAUUUCCUAUGGUACACAUGCACUGCGAAUGACAUUGUAAUUAAGCCUUAACCCACGAAAACCACAACUAUUUGAAUUUCUACGUAAACGGCUUAAUUAAUUGUUUACCUAAACUUAUUGAGCAAGUUUAUAAGUUUUCAUUACACCAUAUAAUUAUUGCUUAUUUGUGUUGUUAUUGCGGUAUUAAAUAUUUCAAUGUAUUUCAGACACUCCUUUUUAAGUAGUCCGUUUUUAAUUGACGUAAAACUGUGGGAAGACUAAACCCUCGUAAAACGUAUAGUCAAAGGAUUGUUGUUGUUCGUGUUUGAAAGUUUUUAAAUUCCUCAAACGUUUUCACCUGAAUUCAUGGUAAUGAGGUGGGAUGACGAACAUGCAAAUCAAAAAAGGAAACCAGAAAAGCCAUGAAAGUAACCACAACAAACAAAAAUUAAACAAACUUUGUUUUGGUUAAUGAUGACUACGAUUUAGUCGAAUCAAAAUGUUGUUCAGAGUUACUGCAUGUUCUUUUGUAUUUUGUCUUGGUUAUAAGUUCUACCUGUUCCAAACAGUUCUCCUUUAUCUUCACCAAAGGCGAUACUGAACUCUCAAAUUUUGGGAAGAAAAUGUCCUCCCUAUAAUCGCACUUUUGCUUUUGACUCGCAUCCUGGCGGUUAAAAUACACACACCAUACAAAUGCUGAAAUGCAUGUACGCUUUUAACAAAGAACAUUUUGGAAACGAGCUCUGGUUAUAUUAGCUACCAGUGUUCAAGGACACCGUCAUUUCUAUUUUUGGACGACAGACGUGGCGGCAGGUCCUUUCAUCUUAUAUGAUACACCAACGUAACCAUUUCUAAACUGUUCUUAAAAUUUGUGCUAUCCAGUAUAGUAAAGUUAAUUUAGUUUAGGUUUCCUCCUGUAGUAACAUUGGAUCAAUAAGAGAUGAUCUUUACUGGAACUCUAGGAAGAACAUUUUAGAACUGAUAGAGCUAUCCAGUAUAGUAAAGUUAAUUUAGUGGUUUCCUCCUGUAGUAACAUUGGAUCAAUAAGAGAUGAUCCUUACUGGAACUCUAGGAAGAACAUUUUAGAACUGACAGAGCUAUCCAGUAUAAAUAAAGUUAGUUUAGUUUAGGUUUCCACCUGUAGUAACACUUGACCAAUAUGAGAUGAUCUUUAGUGAAACUCUAGGAAGAAUAUUUUAGAACUGAUAGAGCUAUCCAGUAUAGUUUAGUUUAGGUUUCCUCCUGUAGUAAUACUGGAUCAAUAAGAGAUGAUUCUUCAGUCGAACUCUAGGGCCGGAGAACAGUUUAGAACUGAUGAAGCUAUCCAACACUGGAUCUAUAACUUUCGAUCAGUUCAAGCUAUAUCCUGUAUAAAUAAAGUGAGUCGAGUGUAAUUCUAACAAUAUUUUUUUAUUCUUUAGUGAUAUGUGUGGAACAGCCAAGAGACUUAUUCCUUGUCGUUGAUGAUUCGGCGAGCAUCGGAUAUAGGGAUAUCAAAAAAGUUCGAAAAUUUUUAAGCCAAUUGGUAUCAUCUGUGCACGUUAGCCAGGAUAUGACACGCAUUGGUUUCCUUCAAUUCAGUGAUCAGGAGCAUACGAAAAUAAGAUUCAAUCUUAAUAAUAAUUUCGAUGCCCAAACGAUCCGCCAAAAAUUUGAGAACAUGCCGUAUUACGGUGGCCCGAGGACCUUGACUGGACUCGGACUGCAAAUUGUCCACGAUCAGGUGAGAAUAUAUAUAUAUAUAUAUAUUAUAUAACGCACUGGAUGGAGAUUGUAUCAUUCGAAAAUGAUAGCUCAAUUGGUUAGAGCGCUUCACCGGAAUCGCAAGGCCGCGCAAGCUUAAACCUAUCGAAACUUAAAAUUCAAAGCAAACUUCCCAAAGCUUGUCUAUAAAUUUGGAAAUAUUUCUUCAGAAAUCUUGUCUAGAUCAGUAGGAGUUUUCUUCUCUGAAGUAAUUUACUGUAAAAUAUACAAAGAGCUCGAGUCAAAAGUCCAAGUCACAUAAAAAAGACGAAAUUAAAUAAAAUUCACAAUCGAAUGUGGUUAGGGUUAGGAGUAGGGUUAGGAAAAAUUCACAAUCGAAGGGUUUGGAGUAGGAGAAGGGUUAGGGUACUAAGUCAUUGAACUACAAAGACCGCUAAACAGUGACUCGGACAUUUGUUUCAGAAUCUGGCGUUUUAAAGGAGUUUACGAAGCAGUGGUUUUUGCUUGAUAAGGAAGAUUGUUCCUCACCACUGUAUAGCCGCAGCACCUUUUGCGAAAUUCUUUCUUUGACUUAGGAAGUGUUACGCGAAGCAAUUUAACCUUACUUCAACAUUAAACACCUAGGGUUUCACGGAGACUAACGGAGAUCGUCCGGACGUUCCAGAUAUAGUGGUCGUGCUCACAGAUGGUCAGUCUCGUAAUCCUCAGCGGACAAUCGAUCAAGCCAAGCGCCUGAAAGACAAGGGAGUGCGGAUCAUCGCCAUCGGCGCAGGAUACGAUCUUCAGAGGGUGAAAGACGACCUCGAACGCGAGCUGCUAAAUAUUGCAUCGAGCCCAGAUGACGUGAAAAUGGUCGAUUUUGCGAACCUUGAAAAUAUCGUCUUCGAAAUCGUCAAUAAAGUUUGCAAAGUUGUCACCACACCAAAACCACGUAAGUGAAUCUUUUUUUUUUCAAUCUAAUGUCUCAUUAGCUAAUCAACUAAUUAAUGUCCAUAUUAAACUAUAAAUGAACUCUUUUCAUAAUUAGUGAUGACAUCUUGAAUCGUGAUGCAUUGUGGUGUACUUUGGGUAAAAACCUGAUCAGUACCCUAAAAACAAGAUUAAAAAGAUUGAAAUUCAUAUUUAAAAUAUUAAAAGUCCUGCAUUUUUUAAAAUUGUGAAGGUGUGCGAAUCUUGUCCAGUUAAGCCCAUGUAAAUGACUUUCAAAAGUGAAUAUUGACAUCGGUCCUGAAAACAAGUGUGCCGUUUGCUUGUUUUACGACCCUCAAGCACUAUGCCACUUAUGCCCCAUGGGAAAAUAAAAUAAAAUUAAAAAUGUUAUGAAUUAUAAAACAUAGGACAAUGUACCGUAAACGCGAAACGCGUCAAGCCUGAAUUGAUUCUUCCCAAAAUUUGUGAAGAAUGCCUCAGUCACAUUUGCGAAAACAGAAUAAAAUCUUUGAAUUCAGUAAAACAUAGGAAAAUACCGUAUAUAUUUUCUUGGCAUGAAACGUGUCAGGGCCCAGGCAGAUAUGGACAGAAAAAAACAACUAACCUCGCCCAAACUUUGUGAAGUGAAUGUCACUUUAGAGAAGAGUGUUUCAAUGUCGAGUCUUCCAAACAGGGCGAGCUUCGAUCAUUUAGUUUAGCAUUCCUCCUGUAGUAACACUGAAUCAAGGAUCGUUCUUACAUGACUUCUAGGCUUCUCCCUCAUAGACUUCUAGGGGAAACAGUCACAUAGAUUUUUCCACUAUGAAUAAAGUUAGUUACUUAGUUUAACGCACACAAUUGGAAAACGUUUAGAAAUCUAUACCAUUUAGAGUGAAAUUCAUAGUCGUGGGAACUUAAACAAAAUAUUUAUUUAUAUUGUUGGAGCGGCAUUAUACUCCGCUUAUAUUGAAAAACAAAACGGUACGAAAAUCCAGCAGUUUCUCUAUUUUGAUUUUAAGUUGUUUCGUAGACAUGGAGGCGAUUUUGUCACCUAUAUUGAAUAUCGUGCAACUGUACUCGAGCAUCUUCAGAAGUUAAACGUUUAACAUUUCCUUGCCAUUUUUGGUGACUAGCUCUUGAGUAAUACCGUUUUCGCUUGCUUAUAUCAUUCAUGCAAUUAAAACAUUACAAGUAUAAGGUGUUCACAAUAUCAAAAACCCAUUAUUAAGCUAUUUUUGUGGCUUGUAUAAGUAUAACCAUGACAAUAACAAUGAUCCCUUUGCUUUCAUUUCAAUCUGAAACUAUAAAUUCAACAGUUUUUAAAGGCCUUUAAAGUCCAGUCUAAAGUCGUGUUUAAACGUCAAGCUACCAGCCUGGGAUUGGCCAGGUUUUGGGGGCAAUUUGCUUCAGUGAUUGUCCAUUGUACUGUGAUUUAUAGUCAGCCAAUCAACGUAAGCCAAAUUAUGCCAAAGUUGGUCUAUGCUUGCGCAGCCGGCUUUGCUAAAAAGGUAAAAGCUUAAAAUCCUGCGGUCGUUUGAAAACUUGACUUUCGUCCGUAAUGUUUGAGCCGAAAUAACAACAAAGAGUUUCCCAUAGUGAUAUUAGCCUUGUAUAUAUUGCAAUAGUUACUUUGCCCCACCCAUAUUUGUUUGUCAUAUUUUAGAGUCUAAGUGCAUGUGAUAUUUAGUGCAAAAAUAAAUCACCUUACUUCAUCAUGUUUUUUUUUGUUCAUCACAUUUUCUGAGUACAAAGUAUACAUGAUAUUAAGACUGGUUUAUUUUAUGUUCGUGUUAUAGGUUCAGGGAUAGCAAUGGACCAUUUGCGUAAUAGACUAAAUUUUGAUCUCACUACAAAAAUUUCAUCACAGCUUGAAAGAGCAUCACAAAAUUAGUAAUAUUCCAAAGUUUCGUUGCGAAAUGUUGUAAAAUGCGGAUAAUAUAGGCUUGCGAAGUUUGCAAUUUUCAGUCAUUUUAGAUUACAAAUGGGAAAUUGACAGCCCCAAACCCUUUGAGGCUGUCAAUUUCCCGUUUGUAAUCUAAAAUGACUGAAAAUUGCAAAUUUCGCAAGGCGAUAUUUUCCACAUUUUACAACAUUUCGCAACGAAACUUUGGAUUUUUGUGAUGCUCUUUCAAGCUGUGGUGAAAUUGUUGUCUAGACUUGUUUAGAUCAAAAUUUAGUCUAUUACGCAAAUGGUCAAUUAGGGUUAUGCAAGAACAAAAAACUGAUAUAUAUAUAUAUAUUCAUGUAGUCUAAAGUUGUCUGCUAUAUAUAAUAGAGACCUUAAACAAGUGACGUUUUUGACAUCACGGACGCCAGAUGACGAGUGAUGGCGACAGCUGUUCUUGUUUGAAACUUCAUUGACUGCGGUGAUUUCUAGGAAGAGAUUAUUUCGCUGGCCUCAGAGUGACAAAACGUAACAAAGCAACGGUUUUACUAACACUAACCCUACUCAAAACACCAACUCUAAUCCUAAUCCUUACCCUAACCUAACCCUACUCCAAAUUUGUUUCUAAACCAAUCUUGAAGAAAAAAGUUUUGACGAAAUGUCAUUCUGAGGUCAGCGAAAUAGUUGAUGCCUGAUUUCUAGCAAGAACGGCUGACGCCAUUGCUAAUGCCUCGAUUAAACGAGCUUGAGAGUUAAUUCGCAGUCGUGCAUUGUUACAGGGGACAUUUCAAGAUGGGUCGAAUUUUCAUAAACAUAUAACUGCACGCAUGAUUCUUCAUGGAAACAUGGAUUGACUUCUUACCAAAACUUGGCGUGAACUUAGUCGGUUUCUAAUAGAAGAUAUCUUAAUUUGGGCUCGAUUUAGAUGUGGUUAUCAUUUGCGCCCCCCCCCCCCCCUUUUCCUGUCAGAAAAUGGACAUGGAGAAAGUGGCCCACCCCGCCCUGGGGAUGGAACGGAAGGAGUCGUUACGAAAUGAAACCGACACUCGAAAUAGGAAAUGCGAAAUACGCAGACGAGACGACUCAUGGAUUAUAUGCACGCAUGAUUUUAUAAGAGCAACCGACUAGCUCUCGUAUCAUCUUAUCUGUAGACCGUAUUAAGUAUACCCUCAACAUAUCUUAAAGUUUUAAUGUCUGUUAAUAUGAGUGUCACGCAAUGUGUGUAAAAGUUCCCAUACUUUAGUAUUCACAACUUAUUUUGGUGUAUCAAUAGGAAAUUUAUCAAUUAUACAGGAAGUUUUAAAUUUUCAAAUAUCUCAACAAAUUAUUUCGUCCGUAUGAGGAAAUGAAUUGGUGGAAUAUUUUAGGAACACUUCCAUUGCCACGAGUGUGAAACCUUGUAUAACGAAUAGCACCAUGCAUCGCACACGUGAAAAUGCACAAGUUGUAACAAACCUGCGGCAGACGUGUAGCAAUGCUGUUCCAACAACUUGUCACCAAGAUAUGUUCGCACUGCUUGUUCCAAGCUUGUUGACAAGUUGCAAGUUCUGAGCUGUGACAACCUUGUACCAUGAUUGCCAGCAUUGUUACAACUUGUUGACAAGCUUGCUGCAAGCCUGUUGCGAACACAUCUUGUUGACAAGUUGUGAGUGACAACCUUGUUGGCAACUUAAUAAAAUAACAGCAUUGUCACAACUUGUUGACAAGCUUGCUGCAAGCCUGUUGCGAACACGUCUUGUUGACAAGUUGUGAGUGACAACCUUGUUGCAACUUGAUAAAAUAACAGUGUUGUUACAACUUGUUGACAAGCUUGCUACAAGCCUGUUGCGAACACAUCUUGUUGGCAAGUUGUGAGAUUUUGACGCGUGUACCUAACGAAACUCUCUUCUACUCCAUUUUACAGCCACACAGGCGACGCAAGUCCAAGCCAUAUCAAACAAUCCAACGACUCGUUUCCGUGCUCCAGCACCUGCCAUUAUAACCAACUGGUUAGGCGCAACCACACAGCCUCAAGAACCAAGCACAACCCUUGCCCCGGUUGGCUGUUCAGGUAGUGUUGGCAAAGACAUUCUGUUUGUGGUCGACGGUACAGUGAACUUCCAGCAAUCCUACGACCAAUCCCGAAAAGAUUUCAAAAGAAUUAGAGGAUUUAUGAGAGCAACUAUCCGUGACCUCGAUAAUGACAAGUUUAGGGUUGGUGUCAUGCAGUACACGGGUAAGGGAACGGCAAGGAUGGAAAUUGAUUUUAUGAGCUCGCGACAAUUGAAGGAAAUUAAGAUACGACUGGGGACAAUCGUCCAGCAAAGAGGUUAUAAAAGAUUUACAGGCGAUGCUUUGGUUAAAGCUAACAGUAAGGUAUGUACUUGAAGCUUAUAUCUCAAAGGCAUUAAUAAUUCAUGAGAAAAUUAUCACUUUAUAUCGUUCACAUGAUAAUGCUGGAUACCUGGUGAAGAAUAUUGAUCCAGUCCUAGGACUGGAUCGAAAUCAAUCCAGUCCUUGGAUUGGAUCAAAAUUAAUUUACCUCACUUUAAGUAGUGAUUUACAGUCGUAUGAGAUGUCAUUUCAAAUCCUCCAAUUCGGACUGGACUAGAUUUCAAGUCCUCGCAUUUUGAUCCAAAUUACGCGGACUUGAAAUCCAGUCCUUGCAGUCCUCAUAGUCGGUUUUGAAAUAUUACUUAACAAUUAUUCGCCGAAGGCGAGGUGAUCAUCGGGAAAUAUUCACCGAGACGUAGUCGAGAAUUGUUUUAGCAUUUUAGCAAGUCUUUUGUGUUUUUUGGGACUGAACAUUUUAAUUUCGCUAAUAUUUGUUUAUCAGGGGCCGGUUGUAUCAAGCCCGUUUAGCUUAAACGGUGGUUAAGCUCAAAAUAGAAAGCAAGUCUAUAGAUUCAUUAAACAACCAAACUAAAAGUUUUGAACCUUAAUAGAACGAUAUUGUUUACAACUACUUAUUCAGUGCAGAAUAUUUAAGUUGACUGAUUCACGAAAGAUAUAAGAGUGUUAUUUAAUUUUGACUUAUCCACCGUUUAAGCUAAACAGGCUUGAUACAACCGGCCCCUGUAACUUCCACAAAACGGCCAGCCGCCAUUUUGCAAAUUUCGGUUUUGUUAUAUUCACUUGUAGGUGAAUAUAACAGCUUAUUACGUCAAAUUUGACCAAUCGACUUGUAGGAUUUGUUAUAUUCACUUGUGCAAAAAUACUAAAACAUCUUAUGACUUUUGCUCUAUUGCAGUUCUACGAGCUCGAUGCUUUUCAACAACGCGAGAGAUACCCGAACGUCAUCGUCCUGAUCACGCGAGGCACGCCUAACGACCGAGACCACGCUAUAAGCGAAGCAAGGAUGUUGGAAUCGAGAAAUGUUCGUCUGGUGUCAGUGGGAGUCAACUCGGGAGCAUCCACCAAGUAUCUUGCAGCUUUCUUGCGUGAGAUAACUUACCCUAAGUUUAUGUUCUUGCCAAAAUACAGGGAUCUCAAAAAAGGUCGUGCAACGGUUCUCGACGCGAUGUGUGUCAAGGCGACCACGGUACCUAAAGCUGGAUGUAAGUGACUCCAAGAAUUAUUUUGAAUUGUCUAAAGUUGUGCAUCAAGACCCCUGGUUUCCUCCUGUAGUAACACUGGAUCAAUAAGAGAUGAUUCGUACUGGACUCUAGGAAGAACAGUUCGGAACUGAUAGAGCUAUCCAAUAUAAAUAAAGUUAGUUUAGUUUAGGUUUCCUCCUGUAGUAACACUGGAUCAGUAAGAGAUGAUCCUUACUGGACCUCUAGGGAGAACAGUUUAGAACUGAUAGAGCUAUCCAGUAUAAAUAAAGUUAGUUUAGUUUAGGUUUCUUCCAGUAGUGACACUGGAUCAAUAACAGAUGAUCCUUACUGGACCUCUAUAGGAAGAACAGUUUAGAACUGAUAGAGCUAUCCAGUAUAAAUAAAGUUAGUUUAGUCUAGGUUUCUUCUUGUAGUAACACUGGAUCAAUAAGAGAUGAUCUUUACUGGACUUUGAUCAAUGAGAAAGAUGAUCUUUACUGGACCUUCAGAGAGAACAGUGUAGAACUCAUAGAGCUAUCCACAUUCCAGUAUAAAUAAAGUUUAGGUUUCUUCCAGUAGUAACACUGGACCAAUAAGAGAUGAUCCUUACUGGACCUUCAGAGAGAACAGUACUACUAUCCAGCUUAAAUAGAGUUUGUUUCUUGCUUCUGAAAGGAUCUAAAUUCACCUUCUAACAAAAUCAUUUUCCUUUCUAGUGCCGCGAGAUAGUGCAUCGUGCAGACGAGGUCCGCAUGAUAUUUUCUUUGUCAUCGAUGGCUCAGCAAGCAUCAAAUAUUAUAACUUUGAAAAAGUUCAAAUUUUCCUCAUGGAUCUCAUCUCUCUCCUGCGAGUGGAGGCGUCAGAAAUCAACACAGGACUCAUGCAAUUCAGUAAAGAAGAUCAGACAUCGGUGGUCUGGGAUCUGGGGAGAUAUACCGAGUUUGAAAGCAUCAUCAAUCUUCGUAACAUGAAGUAUCAAGCUGGAACGCGGACCGCCACUGGCGAUGCGUUAACUCGUGUCAAUAACGAGGUGAGUUGAAUCACUUCAGUGUGUUCUUCUUUCGUUGUAAAUUUUUGUCUUUGGGACCGGCUGUACGAAAGCUGGAUAGCACUAGUGAUUUUUUGCAGCUAAAAUUGUUCGUCUUCUUAAGCCCUCGCUCCCCCAACUCAAUGUUAGUGAGCUUGCGCUGUUUACAACAUUGAUCUGAGGGAGAGGGGUGACGAAAUUUGUUUUGUCAAUGACCAUUAAGACUGCGGGAACGGUCUCGAAAUUAUUUUUAAAAAAACAUUUAUAACAGUUAGUCGUUGACAAUUAUAUUAUUUUAUAAUUAACUUUUUAGAGUCUAAAAUAUUUUUUUCACAUGUAAUUGGUUUUGAAAAGUCUCUUGGGGAAUAAAUAUUGAAUUGUAUUGUAUUGUAUUGUAUUGUAUUGUAUUUCAUGAACUAAUAUACCUAUCUUUCCUCGUCUCAGAUUUUUACCGGAAGAAAUGGUGACCGUCCGGGUAUUAGUGACAUCGUCAUUCUCUUUACAGAUGGCAAUGCACACGACCUAUCAAAAGCCCGCGAACAGUCUAAAAUCCUAAGGGAAAAAGGUAUUCUCGUUAUCACAAUCGGAGCUGGUACGAAGGAAUCGCUGAGAACAUUCAAGCAGGAAUUGAUCGAUAUGGCUUCUUCGCCCGAGUAUGCGAUGACGGUGAACUUUGAACAACUGGAAUUCUUUGCUGAGAAAGCUUUCCCGCUUGUCUGUCGGUACAUGAGACUCAAAAGGCUUUGAAAUGGUCAGAAAAAAAGCAAUAAAGGCUCUCACGUAGCCAGAAAAAUCAACAAAAAUAUACACAAAUGACAACAAUAUAAACUCAAAUAGAGGAAAGAAGAUAAACCCCAAGCUAGAAGAUCAACCCGAGAAUAUGCUAUCCAUAAAAAACUCACUGUAGAGUUAGAAAGAGUAAAACUUCUUAAAGACAAGUAGUGGUGAAAUGGGUUUUAGGAAACUCAUGUAAGAGACAUAUUUAUCAGUCGUCCUCUGCAGAUGCUAGAUUUGUUGGAGAUAAUAAGACUGCACACGAUUUAUUGUGAAGAUGUUAUUUAUAAGCCAUAGCGUGUAACUGUAAAAUAAUAAAUACAUAUUUAAUCACGUUAUGCCUUCCAUGACUAUAUGAUCUAGGGCGCUUUUC